GAAAGCCCACAUUUCAGAAUCUCUUUUAAGUUCACUUCAAUCACAACUAGGGUUUUUCCUUUGUCUACACUUUCUUCUUCUUCAGCCACUUCCACCAACAACAGCAGCAGCUAUGGGACCAAAGCGCGGUGGAAAAGCACCAGUUGCAGCUGCUAAGAAGAAGCAGCCUGAGAAAGUGGUGAACCCGCUUUUCGAGAAGAGGCCAAAGCAAUUCGGGAUCGGCGGUGCUUUGCCUCCGAAGAGGGAUUUGACUCGGUUUGUGAAAUGGCCUAAGACUGUUCAAAUCCAGAGGAAGAAGAGGAUCCUUAAGCAGAGGUUGAAGGUUCCACCUGCACUUAACCAGUUCACCAAGACACUCGAUAAAAACCUUGCCACAAACCUAUUUAAGAUGCUCCUUAAGUAUAGGCCUGAGGACAAACCUGAGAAGAAAGAGCGUCUAUUGAAAAGGGCUCAAGCUGAAUCUGAGGGCAAAACUGUUGAGACAAAGAAGCCUAUUAAUGUGAAAUAUGGUCUCAACCAUGUUACCUAUCUUAUUGAGCAGAACAAGGCACAACUUGUUGUGAUUGCUCAUGAUGUCGACCCAAUUGAGCUUGUCGUAUGGCUUCCAGCUUUGUGCAGGAAGAUGGAAAUUCCUUACUGCAUUGUCAAGGGCAAAGCACGCCUCGGAACAAUUGUUCACAAGAAAACUGCUGCUGUUUUGUGUUUGACAACUGUCAAGAAUGAAGACAAAAUGGAAUUCAGCAGAAUCCUAGAAGCCAUUAAGGCUAACUUCAACGACAAGUAUGAGGAAUACAGGAAGAAGUGGGGUGGCGGUAUCAUGGGUUCCAAAUCUCAAGCAAAGACCAAGGCCAAGGAAAGACUCAUUGCCAAGGAAGCUGCCCAAAGAAUGACCUAGAAGUUUUGUAUGCUUUUGGUUGUUUUAGAACUUUGAGGUUGUUAUUCUUCUAUAUUUUUGACUGAGGUUUUCGUUUCAUUCUGGUAGUUGUAAUCUACAAUCACUGGUUCAAUACCUGACUUUUUGCUGAUUUAUUUCAGUAGUUGUUUUAGACUUAAAUGGAAUAUGUUUUUGUGUUUAA